UUAACAAGGUCGCUGUGGGGGAGCGCUUUUUGACAUUUAACCAUGGCGCAGCUGUGUAGCUUUACCUCAUGCUUGAAACGCGGUUCAGUCGCUGACCUGUAGUAGUUAUGAGGGGUUUUAUCUCGCCUUUGUUCCGUAUUUAAAAGUCCGCCGGUUGCUUCAGUUUCACGCUUAUUUGGUUGUUUUUUAGCCCAGCUAGCUGCCGGGAAGCUAGCUAAGAGUUUGUUGCCUUUCUGAGGACAUGAGCUCCGCACCGAAUCACGGUAACGUUACAGAGACAGCAGGACUGCCCAGCAAACAUGUCUCUAUAGGUGGACAUGUCCAGCAGGUCUUCAGUCAUGUUAAAAUAGAAAACCUGGUGGCAGGACUGAGCGGCGGAGUGGUGUCCACCAUGGUCCUUCACCCACUGGACCUGGUGAAGAUCAGGUUUGCAGUUAGUGAUGGACUGGAGCUGAGACCCAAAUACAGUGGUAUAAUGCACUGUAUGAGGAGUGUGUGGCAUCAGGAGGGAUUGAGGGGUCUCUACCAAGGGGUGACCCCUAACAUUUGGGGCGCUGGUGCAUCCUGGGGUCUCUACUUCUUCUUCUACAAUGCAAUCAAAGGCUACACGAAGGAAGGGCGUCAGGAGGAACUAAGCCCAGCAGAGCAUCUGGUAUCAGCGGCUGAAGCUGGCAUCUUAACGCUCACCAUAACCAACCCAAUCUGGGUUACUAAGACCCGACUGGUCCUGCAGUACAGCGCCGACCCGACUAGCAAGCAGUAUAGAGGGAUGGUAGACGCCCUGGUGAAGAUCUACCGCCACGAGGGGAUUCCAGGACUUUACAGGGGUUACGUUCCUGGUCUGUUUGGUACGUCUCAUGGUGCUCUGCAGUUCAUGGCCUACGAAGAGCUGAAGAGAGACUACAACAAAUAUAGGAGAGCUUCCUCUGAUGCAAAGUUGAAUCCUCUGGAGUACAUCACAAUGGCAGCUCUAUCCAAAAUAUUCGCUGUAGCCACAACGUACCCCUAUCAGGUGGUGAGAGCUCGUCUGCAAGACCAGCACAACAGAUACAGCGGCGUUGGCGAUGUGGUCAGACGGACGUGGAGAAAUGAAGGAGUUAUGGGCUUCUACAAAGGCAUCAUCCCCAAUCUAAUCCGCGUCACCCCAGCCUGCUGCAUCACUUUCGUGGUUUAUGAAAACGUUUCCCGCUACCUUCUCGGGACUAAAUGAAUGAGACUCGGAGGCCAGGGUGGACAGCCACACGUGCCUCAGGCCCCUGCUGGAGCCACGUGAAGACAAAGAGGGGACUGUGUUCGGUCUGAGGCGCCCUCUUCAGCACGUGGAGAAGUGAGGAAAAAAGAAGAAGCAGAGCGACUAAUGGCUGGAUUAGUUUUUAUUUCAGUUUCAUUUCAGGUUUUCACUCAGUGACGCGUUAUGAACAAGUCUCUGAGUAAAACGCACAGUUAGAUCAAAUGGAGGUUUUGUUUCAGGUGGCCUCUAUGGAAGUGAUGCUGCUGCUGCUCUGAAAAUGUGACUGUUUUUCUUAAAGCAGAGGUUACCAGAACCUAAU